UGCCCACACAGUCCGGAGCCGAGUGGGCAAAGCCUGAAGUCCCUGAGAAAGGGAGCCGAGCAGUCAUUGAGUCCGAGGUUCCAGUCGACGAAGAGAAGCAAGAGGCACCAUGAGCCAGAGGCAGGUCCUCCAAGUGUUCGAACAGUACCAGAAAGCUCGGACUCAGUUCGUGCAGAUGGUGGCAGAGUUGGCGACCAGACCUCAAAACAUCGAGACGCUGCAAAAUGCGGGUGUAAUGUCUUUGCUGAGGCCGCUUCUCUUGGAUGUUGUCCCAACUAUUCAGCAGACCGCUGCCCUGGCUCUCGGGAGACUGGCUAAUUAUAACGAUGACCUGGCAGAGGCUGUCGUAAAGGGAGACAUUCUUCCACAGCUCGUUUAUUCAUUGGCCGAACAGAACCGUUUCUACAAGAAAGCAGCUGCCUUUGUGUUAAGAGCAGUUGGCAAACAUUCUCCUCAGUUAGCUCAAGCAAUAGUUGAUUGUGGAGCACUGGAUACAUUGGUCAUAUGCUUGGAAGAUUUUGACCCCGGAGUAAAGGAAGCAGCAGCAUGGGCACUUGGGUACAUUGCAAGACAUAAUGGAGAACUGUCGCAAGCUGUGGUGGAUGCGGGAGCAGUUCCCCUUUUAGUACUCUGUAUCCAGGAGCCAGAAAUUGCUUUGAAAAGGAUUGCUGCCUCAGCUCUCAGUGAUAUUUCAAAGCAUUCUCCAGAGUUAGCCCAGACAGUAGUGGAUGCAGGAGCUAUUGCUCACUUAGCACAGAUGAUCCUGAACCUUGAUGCUAAACUGAAGCGUCAAGUGCUUUCUGCUCUUAGUCAGAUAGCAAAACAUUCGGUGGACCUGGCGGAAAUGGUUGUUGAAGCAGAAAUUUUUCCCGUGGUGCUUACGUGCCUAAAGGACAAAGAUGAAUACGUCAAGAAAAAUGCUUCAACUCUAAUUAGAGAAAUAGCAAAACAUACGCCUGAGCUUUCACAACUAAUAGUUAAUGCAGGAGGAGUUGCCGCUGUGAUCGAUUGUAUUGGUUCCUGCAAAGGAAAUAUAAGGCUUCCUGGCAUCAUGAUGCUUGGCUAUGUAGCUGCACAUUCUGAGAAUCUAGCCAUGGCAGUCAUCAUCUCCAAGGGAGUGCCCCAGUUGGCAGUCUGCUUGUCAGAAGAAUCAGAAGAUCAUAUUAAGGCGGCUGCUGCUUGGGCCUUAGGACAGAUUGGAAGACACACUCCUGAGCAUGCACGUGCUGUGGCUAUGACAAAUGCCUUGCCGAUUCUACUUACUCUCUACAUGUCACAAGACAGUUCCGAGGAUCUUCAAAUAAAAAGUAAAAAGGCUAUUAAAAAUAUUCUCCAAAAAUGCACGUAUCUACCAGCUCUUGAACCAUUCCUGUAUGAUGCUCCUCCAAACAUUUUGAAACAUGUGGUUGGACAGUUCAGUAAGGUGCUGCCCAUGAUAGCAAAGCACGGCGACUUUUUGUUACAAGUGGUGCCUCAAAAAGGUUCAAGAGAUAAAAGCAGAACCUGGAUCACUUCUUCAAGAAUACAUCAACAAUAUUAACAAUUGUUACCCAGAAGAAAUAGUGAGGUAUUAUUCCCCUGGAUAUUCAGAGACACUUCUGCAGAGAGUGGACAGCUAUCAGCCUCUUAUAUAAGCAGCAUCAUAUUGCUAAAACUUACACUUACAGGAGAACUUUUAUGGAUUAUAAAUGUUAACGCUCUUGUUAAAUGCUUCAAAUAAGUACAUGCUCAAUUUAUUCAUUUGAAAUCGUAGUCACUAGGAUUAAUUUUUUCUUGUUUUUCUAGAGUCAUAGAAUACUUCUAAAAAUGGAAUUACUAUGUGAUACACAAUUCAGUCAUUUAUAUGUACUUGAUUUGCCUCUAAAAGAAAAUAAAAAGGCAUUAGAAGAUCUCAGUGCUUCCACUAAUAUCUCAAUGAAAAUAAAACCAUCAGGCUGUUUGGUUGGCAAUGGGUUUAUAUUAGGAUUCAGAACCUGUGGACAGAGUUUUAGAGAUUGCCCCACAAGAUUUCUGGAGUGACCUGGACUGAGGUUAAUAAUCCUGGAGAUGGAGCUGGGGGUAGUGGUGGGGGAUGGUUACAUAAAAUAGCUAACCCUGGGAAGAGAAGGGAACA